AUGUUCUCAAUCCGAAUGUUCAAACAAAAAGAACUACAAAAAAAAAAAAUAAUUAAUGCUUUGACAUGGAACUAUAUUGAUCUUUAUCUUCCACCAUCUGUUUUAAGUGCAUCUCCAUCUUUUUAUGGUACACCCAAGGAUAUUACUAUUAAAGGCGAAUCUUUUUGUUUUUACCCAAACGUUACAAUUGGUGGGAUAUGCAGUUUUAACUCUGAUGUUGAUGGUUUAACAAAAACCCAUAGAGUUACUGUAUCCUGCCCAAAUAAUAUUCCUAAUUCUAAUUCAGUUGGUAGUGGUGAUGUUUUUAUGUAUUCAAUUGAUGAAUGUGUUUUAAGUAAAAGUUUUAAUGGUCAAGUAUGUUCAGGAAAUGGCACUUGUAUUGAAGAAACUAGAAAAUGUAACAGUAAAAAGGGGAACUCUAGUUUCGACUGCUCCAUAAUAAAAAAUGGCCAAAUAAAUCCACCCAUAAUCGAUAAUAUCACAUCCAUUAUUGAAACUAAAGAUUCUAAAUUUGACAUUGGUUUAGCACAAAUAAGAGAGAUAGAUAUUAUAAAUAAUGUAAUAAAGGUUUAUAAUUUAACCACAUCAACUUGGAAAUUAGAGAAUAUUGCAAAUGAAAACACUGAGCAACUAUUCAAUACUACAUUAGGUAACAAUGCAGUAAUUAAAGUACUUUUAACAAUUAAUUCAAAUGAAGAUCAAGAAAUGAUUUAUGAUUUCUAUGGAGAUAAAAUCAGUCUUUUACCAAAUUCCGUAAAGUACCAAGUUGAAAUUAGUAACUGGAAUUUCCAUAGUUCGGUAAAUUCAUUGCAAUUAAUAUUCCAAACUCAAAUUUCAACAGAACAAUGUGGUUACCAAACUGGCAAGCAAAGUGUUCAGAUGUAUGGUGAUUCUAUUAGAUCAGUCAAACUAACUCUUGUUAAUGGUCAAACUUUGGUUGGUACAUUCAGCAAUCGUAUGAAAAUUGAUGAUAGAGUUAUUAAAAGUGAUAUAAAGGUUUUAACAGAGGAAGAGUCAAAGGGUAUUCCAUCGGUAUCGAUAGAUGAUUCAAAAAAAGAUUCAGAUAAAAAAAAAAGUAUUCAAAAUGUUUAUUCAGCGAUUUUAAUUUCUAAUUUUAAAAAAUCAGUAAUUAUUGAUCCAAAUUUUGGUGUAUUAAUCAAUGGUAAUCCUACAAUCAGUGGUAGUUGUGGUAAAAAAUUCGAAUCUUGGAAAAUUGCACUUUGUGUUGUAGUACCAGUUGUUGCUUUUGCAGUAGUAGUUGUUCUUGUUUCAAUUUAUAGAAGGAAAACAAAUUCAAUAACUUUAUUUAAAUUAAAGAGAUUAAUUUAA